GGGGCCCUCGGGCGCCAGGCGGGGCAUGGGCCAGGGGCCGCCCCCAUGAGGGUCCCGGGAGGAGGGCGCGCGCAGCAGCGGCGGGGCCAUGGGGUCGCAGGUAUUGCAGAUCCUGCGCCAGGGGGUGUGGGCCUCGCUCACCGGCGGUUGGUUCUUCGACCCGCACCAGAGCACCUUCUCCAACUGCUUCCACCUCUAUGUUUGGAUCUUCCUGCUCACCUUCCCUUUCUUGCUGUACAUGGUCCUGCCCCCCAGCUUGCUGGUGGCUGGUGUGUACUGCCUCGUGGUGGCUGUCAUCUUCGCUACCAUCAAGACUGUGAACUAUCGGCUGCAUGCUAUGUUCGACCAGGGCGAGAUUGUGGAGAAGCGCAACUCUACCAUGGGGGAACCAGAGGAAGAGCCUGCCCAGGGGGACAGCAAUCUGCCCAGAGACCCUGGAGUGGAGAUGACCGUAUUUCGAAAAGUGAGUUCCACGCCCCCCGUACGCUGUAGCUCUCAGCAUUCCGUGUUUGGCUUCAACCAGGUCUCGGAGCUGCUGCCCCGGAUAGAGGACUCCGGGCCCCUCAGAGACAUCAAGGAGCUGGUGCGGGAGCAGGGCAGCAACAACGUGAUCGUGACCUCGGCCGAUCGAGAGAUGCUGAAGCUAAGCUCACAGGAGAAGCUAAUUGGAGACCUUCCCCAGACGCCUCCAGGGGCCGCCCCGGACCCAUCUCUCCCCAGUACGGACUCCUCUGAACGUUCUCCCCUGGCUGGAGACGGAGCCCCAUGGAGUGGCGGCAGUGUGGCUGACACUCCCAUGAGCCCCCUCCUGAAGGGCAGCCUCAGCCAGGAGCUUAGCAAGAGCUUCCUGACCCUGACCCGGCCUGAGCGGGCCCUGGUGAGGACCAGUAGUCGACGGGAACAGCGCCGGGGAGCAGGUGGCUACCAGCCCCUGGACCGGCGGGGCUCGGGGGACCCCACACCCCAGAAAGCUGGCUCCUCAGAUUCCUGCUUCAGUGGCACCGACAGGGAGACGUUGAGCAGCUUCAAGAGUGAGAAGACCAAUUCGACCCACCUAGACAGCCCCCCUGGCGGGCAAGCCCCCGAGGGCAGCGACACAGACCCCCCCUCAGAGGCAGAGCUGCCCGCCUCCCCAGAUGCUGGAGUCCCCUCGGAUGACACGCUCCGCUCCUUCGACACCGUUGUAGGAGCAGGGACGCCGCCUGGCCCGGCUGAGCCGCUGCUGGUCGUGCGGCCCAAGGACUUGGCGCUGCUCCGGCCCAGCAAACGGCGGCCGCCCAUGCGGAGACACUCCCCCGCCGCCAGCCGGGCCCCUCGGCGACCGCUGCUGGAAGGCCGGGGCUUCUUCGAGGAUGAUGACACCAGCGAGGGCAGUGAACUGAGCCCGGCCUCCAGUCUCCGGUCCCAGCGCCGCUACAGCACCGACAGCUCCUCUUCCACUUCAUGCUAUUCCCCCGAGAGUUCUCGGGGGGCCGCCGGGGGAGCCCGAAAACGACGGGCCCCCCACGGGGCUGAGGAGGGGAUGGCUGUGCCCCCCAAGCGGCCCUAUGGGACCCAGCGGACGCCUAGUACUGCCAGCGCCAAAACGCACGCCCGCGUGCUGAGCAUGGACGGGGCAGGGGGGGAUGUCCUGCGGGGUCCCCUGGCCGGCUCCAAGGCUGAACUGGAGGCCCAGGCGGGGGUGGAGCUGGCUGCUGGUGAGCCUGCUGUGCUGCCCGCCGAGGCCCGCAGGGGACCUGCUGCCAACCAGCCUGGCUGGCGCGGGGAGCUGCAGGAGGAAGGUGCGGUGGGGGGAGCUGCCGAGGAGACUGGCAAGCGGGACCGCUCGAGCAGCGUGAGGCGGGCACAGGCCAUCCGGAGGCGGCACAAUGCUGGCAGCAACCCCACCCCCCCGGCCUCCGUCAUGGGCUCGCCCCCCAGCAGCCUGCAGGAGGCUCAGCGGGGCCGCGCGGCCUCCCACUCCCGGGCUCUGACACUGCCCUCGGCCCUGCACUUCGCCUCCUCGCUGCUGCUCACCCGGGCCGGUGCCAACGUGCAUGAGGCCUGCACCUUUGAUGACACCUCCGAGGGUGCCGUGCACUACUUCUACGACGAGAGCGGUGUGCGGCGUUCCUACACCUUUGGCCUGGCUGGAGGCGGCUAUGAGAACCCCGUGGGGCAGCAGGGGGAGCAGGCAGCCAACGGAGCAUGGGACCGCCACUCGCAUUCUUCUAGCUUCCACUCAGCUGAUGUCCCAGAGGCCACUGGCGGUCUGAACCUGCUGCAGCCGCGGCCUGUGGUCCUGCAGGGCAUGCAGGUGCGCCGAGUGCCCCUGGAGAUCCCAGAGUUUGACCUACUGGACCAGGACUCCCUGCACGAAUCCCAGGAGCAGACACUAAUGGAGGAGGCGCCACCCCGGGCCCAACACAGUUACAAGUACUGGCUUCUUCCUGGCCGCUGGACGUCUGUGCGCUAUGAGCGGCUCGCCCUGCUGGCCCUGCUGGACCGGACGCGUGGGCUGCUGGAGAACAUCCUUGGUGUUGGCCUGAGCAGCCUCGUCGCCUUCCUGGGCUACCUGCUGCUGCUCAAGGGCUUCUUCACGGACAUCUGGGUCUUCCAGUUCUGCCUGGUCAUCGCCUCCUGCCAGUAUUCCCUGCUGAAGAGUGUGCAGCCGGAUGCCGCCUCCCCCAUGCACGGCCACAAUUGGGUGAUUGCGUACAGCCGACCCGUCUACUUCUGCAUCUGCUGUCUGCUCAUCUGGCUGCUGGACGCCUUGGGCUCUGCGCAGCCCUUCCCGCCCAUCUCCCUCUAUGGCCUCACGCUGUUCUCUGCCUCCUUCUUCUUUUGUGCCCGUGAUGUGGCCACUGUGUUCACCUUGUGCUUCCCAUUCGUCUUCCUCCUGGGCCUCUUGCCCCAGGUGAACACCUGCCUCAUGUACCUGCUGGAGCAGAUAGACAUGCACGGCUUUGGGGGCACAGCUGCCACCAGUCCCCUGACCGCCGUCUUCAGCCUCUCCCGCAGCCUACUGGCCGCGGCCCUGCUCUAUGGCUUCUGCCUCGGGGCCAUCAAGAGUCCUUGGCCAGAGCAGCACGUCCCUGUCCUCUUCUCCGUCUUCUGUGGCCUCCUGGUGGCACUGUCCUACCACCUGAGCCGGCAGAGCAGUGACCCCACCGUGCUCUGGUGGGUGCCUGCGUGGGCCUGUCUGUGCGUGUCUCUGGUCCGGAGCAAGCUCUUCCCCGAGCUGGAGGAGCGGAGCUUGGAGACUGCCCGCGCUGAGCCCCCAGACCCACUGCCAGAAAAGAUGCGCCAGUCAGUGCGCGAGGUCCUGCACUCCGACCUGGUGAUGUGUGUGGUGAUUGCCGUGCUCACCUUCGCCAUCAGCGCCAGCACCGUCUUCAUUGCCCUGAAGUCCGUGCUGGGUUUUGUGUUGUACGCGCUGGCGGGGGCCGUGGGCUUCUUCACACAUUACCUGCUGCCACAGCUCCGCAAACAGCUGCCCUGGUUCUGCCUGUCGCAGCCCGUGCUGAAGCCGCUGGAGUACAGCCAGUACGAAGUGCGGGGUGCUGCCCAGGUGAUGUGGUUUGAGAAGCUGUACGCCGGCCUACAGUGCGUGGAGAAGUACCUUAUCUACCCGGCCGUGGUGCUCAACGCCCUCACAGUGGACGCUCACACAGUCGUCAGCCACCCGGACAAGUUCUGCCUUUACUGCCGGGCACUGCUUAUGACCGUGGCUGGGCUGAAGCUGCUGCGCUCAGCUUUCUGCUGCCCGCCCCAGCAGUAUCUGACCUUGGCCUUCACCGUCUUGCUCUUCCACUUCGACUACCCGCGCCUGUCCCAGGGCUUCCUGCUCGACUACUUCCUCAUGUCCCUGCUCUGCAGCAAGCUGUGGGACCUGCUGUACAAGCUGCGUUUCGUGCUGACCUACAUCGCGCCCUGGCAGAUCACCUGGGGCUCUGCUUUCCACGCUUUUGCCCAGCCGUUCGCCGUGCCACACUCGGCCAUGCUGUUCGUCCAGGCCCUGCUCUCGGCACUCUUUUCCACGCCUCUCAACCCGCUGCUGGGCAGCGCCGUCUUCAUCAUGUCCUAUGCGCGGCCCCUCAAGUUCUGGGAGCGUGACUACAACACUAAACGCGUGGAUCAUUCCAACACCCGCCUGGUCACUCAGCUGGACCGGAACCCCGGCGCUGAUGACAACAACCUCAACUCGAUCUUCUACGAGCACUUGACCCGCUCGCUCCAGCACACACUGUGUGGGGACCUGGUGCUGGGCCGCUGGGGCAACUACGGCCCUGGCGACUGCUUCGUCCUGGCCUCAGACUACCUCAACGCCCUGGUCCACCUCAUCGAGGUCGGCAACGGCCUCGUCACCUUCCAGCUGCGUGGCCUCGAGUUCCGGGGUACAUACUGCCAGCAGCGGGAGGUGGAGGCCAUCACCGAGGGUGUGGAGGAGGACGAGGGCUGCUGCUGCUGCGAGCCAGGCCACCUGCCGCGGGUCCUGUCCUUCAAUGCGGCCUUCGGGCAGCGCUGGCUGGCCUGGGAGGUGACGGCCAGCAAGUACGUGCUGGAGGGCUAUAGCAUCAGCGACAACAACGCCGCGUCCAUGCUGCAGGUGUUCGACCUCCGCAAGAUCCUCGUCACCUACUACGUCAGGAGCAUCAUCUACUACGUGAGCCGCUCUCCCAAGCUGGAGGCCUGGCUGAGCCACGAAGGCAUCGCAACGGCCCUGCGCCCUGUGCGGGCACCUGGCUACGCUGACUCUGACCCCACCUUCUCCCUGAGCGUGGACGAGGACUACGACCUUCGCCUCUCCGGCCUCUCGCUGCCCUCCUUCUGUGCCGUGCACCUGGAGUGGAUCCAGUACUGUGCCUCCCGGCGCGGCCAGCCUGUGGACCAGGAUUGGAACUCGCCGCUGGUCACGCUGUGUUUUGGCCUGUGUGUGCUGGGCCGCCGGGCCCUGGGGACCGCCUCGCACAGCAUGUCUGCCAGCCUGGAGCCCUUCCUCUACGGCCUGCAUGCCCUGUUUAAGGGGGACUUCCGGAUCACCUCCCCGCGGGACGAGUGGGUCUUCGCCGACAUGGACCUGCUUCACCGCGUGGUGGCGCCCGGGGUGCGCAUGGCCCUCAAGCUUCACCAGGACCACUUCACGUCCCCGGACGAGUAUGAGGAGCCGGCCGCCCUGUAUGACGCCAUCGCAGCCAACGAGGAGCGGCUGGUCAUCUCACACGAGGGCGACCCGGCCUGGCGCAGCGCCAUCCUCAGCAACACGCCCUCGCUGCUGGCGCUGCGCCACGUCCUGGACGACGCCUCGGACGAGUACAAGAUCAUCAUGCUCAACCGGCGCCACCUCAGCUUCCGCGUCAUCAAGGUGAACCGGGAGUGCGUGCGUGGCCUCUGGGCCGGGCAGCAGCAGGAGCUGGUGUUCCUGCGCAACCGCAACCCCGAGCGCGGCAGCAUCCAGAACGCCAAGCAGGCGCUCCGCAACAUGAUCAACUCCUCCUGCGACCAGCCGCUGGGCUACCCCAUCUACGUGUCUCCCCUCACCACCUCGCUGGCCGGCAGCCACCCUCAGCUGCGGGCGCUGUGGGGCGGCCCCGUCAGCCUGGGCGCCAUCGCCCGCUGGCUUCUGCGCAGCUGGGAGAGGCUUCACAAGGGCUGCGGUGCCGGCUGCAAUAGUGGCGGGAACGUGGAUGACUCAGACUGUGGCGGAGGUGGUGGCUUGACCUCCCUCAGCAAUAACCCCCCCUUGGCACAACCCACACCUGAGAACACAGCAGGCGCUGGGGACCAGCCCCUCCCACCAGGCCCAGCCUGGGGCCCGAGGCCCUCCCUGAGCAGCUCUGGUGAUGGGCGCCCCCCUCCUCUGCUGCAGUGGCCACCCCCUCGGCUCCCUGGACCAUCCCCCGCUUCGCCAGCCCCCCCUGAGGGUCCUAGGCCCUCAAGGCCCCCUGCCCCUGGUCUCCUAAGUUCUGAGGGUCCCAGUGGGAAGUGGAGCCUGGGGGGUCGGAAGGGACUAGGGGGAUCUGAGGGGGAGCCAGCCUCAGGGAGCCCUAAAGGAAGCACCCCCAAAUCUCAGGCGCCCCUAGACCUCAGCCUCAGCCUCAGCCCGGACAUCAGCACUGAAGCCUCACCCCCCAGAGCAGUGCAGGACGUUCACUGCUUGGACAGCAGUGCACCUGAGACUGGCACGCCCACCGGGGCCCUGGGCGACUGGCCUGCCCCUGCUGAGGAGCGAGAGAGCCCGGCAGCUCAGCCCCUGCUGGAGCAUCAGUACUGAGUGGCCUGGCGCCCUCUGGGCCUCAGCUGUAUUUGGGGACUUGGACCCCCGGCCUCUGGCCCUUUCUGCUGGACCACAGAACCGAGUGGCUUUGGUUUCCACAUGUGAACCCUGACCUCUGGCUGCCUUAGCCAGAGCACUGGAACUGAAUAGCCCAGACCUCUGACCUUGACCCCUGAUCUCUCAUCCCUAAUCCAGAGCCUGGGCUCCCCAAACUGAGGCAGGCAGCAUCCCAGUCGGGCCCUAAGAGCCAAACCCAUGGGCUGGUCCCGCUUCAAGCCCAUGGCCAGGACUGACUUUGCCCCUCAGCCUGCACUGCCUGCUGGGGUGGCCCUUUGGCCUUGGACUUGGGGCUGAAAUGUGGGAAAGGGGGAUUUCUUUUUCUUUUCUUUUUUUUUUUUCGUGCUUCGGAGACACCAGAAUUAAUAACACUAUUUUUGAUUUUG